AUGGUCAAAUUAAUGGACCUGGUUGAUGUAUUCGCCACCGUCAAUCAAAAGAUUAUUAGAGACCAUGAAGAAAGACAGAGGACAGGUGCAAAGUCACUAUUCGAAAGUUUUAAGGUCUCAAAAUUUUUCUACAAAAUAAACAAUCAACUUAUCAGGAUUAAAGACUUAUUUAAGGAGAUUAAAGUGAAGCCAGCUAGAGGACCAGAGCACAAUAUUUGGUCUUACUAUUUUGGCUUGAAUGAUUUUGAGAGAACAGAAUUUGAUUGCCAACUUCUAUUAGGCUAAAAUAAUAAACCUAUAAUGCCAGCAGUUAGGACAGUUCCUAUCAUUAUGGAUGAAGAUAGAUAAAAAGUUAGUGAAUUGAUCAAUGAAAUUCAUAAAUUUGUAGAAUCUUGUAGAGAAUCAGUAAAGCCGGUUGCUUGCUGUUGCAAAAAAAGGACCUCAUGCUUUUGCUGCUUUAGGAGAGCAUUUGGAACUACAAUUUAAAUGGGUCAUAUCCUUGCUAAAACAUUUGAAGGGUGCGAAGUGACUGUGUGUGUCGAUAAGAAAAAGUAAAUCUACAUCGAUUGUAUGUUUUUCACAGCAACCUGCGAGCCGUUAUAAAAUGAUAAAACAGACAUGAAAUACAAAAGUAUGCCUACUUUCAUUUUAUGCAAUCCUAAUGCGAUGUUUUACUAGCAUAUGGUUAAUCAUCCGCAUGCUUAUUACUUAAGAUUCUUCCUUAAUAAAGAUAUAAAUGUGAUGUUGUGGAACUAUAGAGGGUAUGGUUAAAGCCACGGCGAACCUAAUCCUUAUACAAUAAAACAUGAUUGUGAAGUUUUAUUGCAAUACAUGUAGAAUGAAAUGAAACUAACAGGCAAAAUUGGAAUCUAUGGAAGGUCUCUUGGAGGCAUACCUACAACACACAUGGCAGAUAAAGUUGACAUGAUUAUUGCAGACAGGACUUUCUCUAAUUUUGAAAUCUUGGCUAAUCGAAAAUUUUACAGCUCACUCUCCAAGUAUCUAUUUAAAAUUGGAACCUGUAAUUGGCGAUCACUAAAUGUGCAGAAUUUGAUUAAUAAGGGUGUUGGGUCUUGCUAUAAAGUUAUUAUGACUGAGAAAAUGGAUGAAAUCGUUGAGGUGCAUUCUUCACUUUAAAUAGGAGUAGCCAGACAUGUUCAUGAUUUAUGUAUCAAAGAUGGGUUUUUCCUAAAUGAUAUCAAGCAAGUUAAGUCCUUCAUAUAAUCAUUCUAGUUUAUAACAAACCUUGAGCAUGAUUUGUUUACUAUCAUAGAAUAUUAAAGUAACUGCUAAAAUAUAUCGACAGAUGAAAACGACAUGACUUCAAGUGGCAUAAUCUACUGUUGCGGCUCGAGAUUUUCAUCUUGGAAGAGUAGUAGUACUCAUGGCACAAGUCUAUCUAAAAUUUAACCAGAUAUGGAGAGAGGAAAUUCCAUUAUGAGUUUAACAAAUAGCAAUACAAUAUAAAUCAAUCAAAAAAAUAGCUAGCCAACUUAACUCUACUUCGAAAGUUUGGAAAAAAUGCAAAAAACACUUAAAAUUAAACCUCUUAGUAGAAAUAAGGAGUUGCCCCAGUUUUAUAUAGAUUUAUGGUAAAGCCUUUAAGAAAUUUGUAACUAGAUGUAUCAAAUAGAAGGAGCAUAAUUAACUUUUCAAGAUGUAGUUAGUGUUAAUAAGACAAUAAGACCACUAGAAUUAUAAGACUUUGUAAAGUUGAUGAAAAUAUAUGGUGCUUGCCCUGAGAUAAUGACUAAAGUUGCACCUAACAUAUACAAUCAUUAGAUCUCAAGAGAAAUAUCACAGGGUUCUGUUGACUCAGUCAGACAAAUUCUAAAAUCAAACAUGCGCUAAUUGUCAUUUUUGAGACUAAACAAUCCAGGAUUUGAUGAGCAGAUUAAAAUGGUAGAGGGUCAUUUACAUAAUUUGCAAACAUUUUUUGACAAAACGCUAGAUUAUCUGUAAUUGCCAAACUCUUCAUUUCAAAUAUCUCAAUUUGCUAUGGCUACUUUCGAAAGUAAACCGAGCAAAAUUAGCGACAUGAGUUUCACAGGAUUUCAAAACUAUCUCAGUCCGAAUCACAUAGGCCAUGUCAUUCCUCUCAGAUGUGGACAUACUGGUCAGCCAAAUAGUGAAGAAACUUACAUGAUAGAAAGACAUCUAAGGGCUGCAGGCUUCAUUCAAAACAAAGCAAGCUAAAAUAGUGGCGAUAAGCAAGCCUCAAUAGUAUUUAAAGUUCAUGUAGCAAAUCAAGAAAUCAAGCAAAGAUCUUAGCAAGCUAGCUAAAAUAAUAGUAUAAUAAUAGAUUAAUAGAAGAAUAAUAAAAUUACUCAGAACACAUCUUAGACCGCAAGAUUGCCACAUGAGAUUAUGACUUCACUCCCAAUUGUAAAAGUCAAAUCUAUCAAAGAAGUCAUGAGUAAUAGUGAUACUAUUGAAAAUACUUAAACAAUGAAAAUUGGAGUUAAUACCAUCGCAAUGAAGGCUUAAGAAUUAAAAGCUUAAGAUCUUAUGGAGAUCAAGACAUAGCUGAUAAUAAAAUCAAUCAUUAUGGUGUUCAAGGAUAACGAGUUGAUUAUGACUAAGAGAGUCAACAGAGUCAGAAAAAGCUAGGACACUUAUAAAAACAGAGUUUGGAGAGCAAGAGGCGACUAUGCACAUGCAUUUACAGUCUUUACAUUCAUUGCCAUGUCACAACAAUUCAAUAAAAUCCCACUCUGCUCUCUCCUUCCAAGUAUGGCAACUUUAUCAGUAGCAGGAUUCAGAACAUAUGCUAGACAUACUGGAAAGUACCUUUUAUUGCCUGCUUUAGUGGGUCAUUUCCUCGGACUUGCGAUGUAUGCAGACAUUUUUGAGUAUGCUGAUCUAAAGAGAAACCACCAACAAUACAAAAGAUAAAUCAAAGAAUAUAAAGAUGAUCUUUACUACACAUGA